AUGACGUUAGAUGCGAAACAACCGUCUCAUAUUUUGAAUGAUUCAAAAGUUUUAAGUGAAUUGGACAAUAUUCAUAAUGAUUUGAUUAAUAAAUCAAAGUUAUCUCAAACUAAGAAACCUUAUGGAAAGAGAGUACAUAAAACAAAUCGUACAAAUUUAAUUCAAACAUUAUUGAAUAAUGAUAACUCGAUAUUAGGUAAUUUGGAGAUGAUGGAGUUGUUUAAGAAUGGAUUAAUUAAUACUCAGAGUUAUAAAGAUGAUUCAGAUCUCUUAAUCUCGAUGAAUGAACACCUAUUGAAAUCUUGUAAACAACUGAAAUUAGAAAAUGAAAAAUUGACUGAUCAACUUGCCAAGGUUGGGAAUGAUCAUAAUGAUAAUAAUAAUUGUGAUUCGACAGAGAUUGAUUCCUUGAAGAAACAAUUGAUAGAAUUGAAACAGCAAUUAGAUUCUCCAAGUUUGUUAUAUUUGAUAAAAAUGGCAAAAUUACAAAAUCAAACAAUUUUAUCAGAUAAGGAUUAUAAUGAUAUGUAUUCACUUACUGAAAAUCCACCAUUGAAAUUUUUAACAAAGAAGGCUAAAUUAUUAAAUCAAUUGGUCGUACCAAUCUCUGAAUGUGAAGCUUUGGAAGAAAAAAUUGAAUCUCCAAGUUUAGUAUAUUUGAUUCAAAAGGCAAAACUUCAAGGUUAUACAGUGAUUUCAGAUGCAGAUUAUAAUGAUUUACAAUCUUUGAGUGUUGAACCUUCUUUACAAUCUUUGAAAGAAAAAGCUAUGUCUAAUUAUUCACAAACAUUGAUCUCCAAGAAAACUUUCGAAGAAAUGACUACAAAUAUUGAAUCACCAAGUUUAUUGUAUUUAAUUCAAAAAGCUAAGAUACAAAAAUAUACAAUUAUUUCAGAUGAAGAUUAUGAUACUAUGUAUUCCACUUUAAAACAACCAUCCUUUGAGUUCUUAACACAAAGAGCAAAUGAGAUGGGUCAAGUUGUGAUUCCAAAAUCUGACUUUGAUACUUUGGGCGGUAGCAUUGAAUCUCCAAGUUUAUUAUAUUUGUUACAAAAGGCCAAAUUACAAAAACAAACUAUUAUAUCAGAUAAAGAUUAUAAAGCACUAAUGGAGACCUGUAAUUCUCCUAGUAUGUUGCAUUUAAUUGAGAAGUCUAAAGAACAAGGUUAUGUAGUAAUAUCUGAAAAAGAUUAUUUACCAAUGCACGAAACUGUAGAAUCACCUUCGAUGGAAUUUUUAACUACCAAAGCUGACGCUCUUGGAAAGACCUUGAUCUCAAAGGAUGUAUAUCAAGAAAUGAAAUCUGAUAUUGACUCGCCAUCUUUACUAUAUUUGAUUCAAAAAGCAAAAGAGCAACAGUAUACAAUUAUUUCAGAUGACGAUUAUAACAAAAUGUACUCUACGAAUGAAUCACCAUCUUUGUCAUAUAUUAAGGAAAAAGCAACAUCGUUAGGGCAAGUGGUAACUCCAAGUGAUGAAUAUGAAACAAUGCAGGACACUGUUGCUCAUCCAUCUCUGACUUUCUUAUCAAGCAUGGCUCUAUUGAAAGGUUGUCAAGUUAUUGAAAACGAUUCUUAUAAUCAAUUAAAAGAGGAUGCAUUUGCAAAGGACGCUGUACAGAAAUUACAAGAUGAAUUGGAAGGCCUUCAAAACCAACUAGCUUAUCCCUCUAUUGAAAGGUUAGAAAAAAUAGCGAAAGAUAAUGGAUAUAAAUUAUCAGCUCUGGAAACUCAAGACAAGACAGACGCCACUCCUACUGUAACAACUGAUAUAAGUGAAGAAGAAUUGGCCCAACAAGCUGAUAAACUUGAUUUUGUUGCUAUUUCAAAGGAAACAUUUGCUCAAAUGAACGAGCAAUUAAAAAAUCCUACUCUAAGUAAAGAUCAAAUAAUUGAGCAAGCUAAACAGAAUAAUAUUGAAAUCCAGGAUUUGAUAGUUCAACAUAAAGGAGUUUCAAAUGUUAUGUAUGAUGAGGAUUACGAUAUUACACAAGAAAAUAUAACUGAUGAUGUUACAAAUCUAAGAUCAUCUGCUAAGAAUUACGGUAUGUUAUGUGUCCCAGAAACAUCGUUUGUAGCUACUUCUAGUGAUAUUACCCCUGAUGAGGAUAACGUUGUAUUAUUGCCUAAAUCUUAUUAUAGUAGUUUACUUCAGAAUUCCAAACCUGAUCUGAACGGUGUUAACGAUGAACUUCUCUUGAAAGAAGUGAAAAUUAGAGGAUUACAAAAACCUAUAAUAGAUAAUUUUACUGUAUUUUCAUCUCCAAAUAAUAGUCAAUCAGAUGAAGGACAGUCUACCACACCAUCUUCUAAAAAUUAUACUACACAUGUGUCAACGAAGGUGAAUGUUGGUACCAGUGGAAGGAAUUCCAUUAAUGCCAUGCCUUCAAAUAAUAGUGGUCGUCGUUCUCUAUCCAUUUCCAAUAUUAAUUUAAAAACUCCUAGAAGGGGUAAAGGAGUUAGACAUUCUGCUUCCGUAGAUGGAGCUGUAUCGUUAGCUGCAAUGGCAUCUGUUGGUGAUAGUAAUAAUAUUGUAUCUGCAAUCUCCCAAACUGUUAUUGGUGAGUUUGUAUACAAGUAUUUCAAUAGAUUGGGAUCUUUUGGUGGUGGUGAGACACGUCACAAAAGAUAUAUGUGGAUACAUCCAUACAGUUUAACUCUAUAUUGGUCAGAUAGUAAUCCGGUUGUUGAUGACCCAUGGAAUCGUAAGACAAAAGGUGUUUCUAUCCUUCGUGUGGAAAGUGUGGAUGAUAAUACCACCGGUCCCGCUAAAUUAUAUAACAAGAGCAUUGUGGUGACGACUCGGGAGAAGAAAAUUAAAUUUACUUGUGUUGACAAACAAAGACACGAUGUUUGGUACAAUGCUUUAAAAUAUUUGAUUCAAAGAAAUAUGGAAGGUAUUAAUCUACAAGAUGUAUUUGGAAAUCCAAGCGAUGAAUUAUAUUCUGGUAAUAUUUUGUCGUUACCUUAUGAUGUGCAUCAUAAUACCAAUAAAUCAAUGAUGCAUUCUUCUUUUAUAGGAAGUCGAAGAAGCUCUAGACGUUCUUCUCUCUCAAAGUUUCUACGAUAA